CAGUAAAUACUAUCAGCUCUGCCUCCUUUCCCUUUGCUGCAACGAUGAAAGCAGAGGAGACAAUCGAGUUAGACCUGCGGAUGUGCUAUAUAAUCGUUUGUUAGACCUGAGACAUUUUAGUGUCAGAGCGCAGCCUGGUACGCUCCCUGCUCUGCAGUGGAGUAUAUAUUUUUUUUCCUCGGAACACAACGGGUAUUUUUUCACUGCUCAAAGGGAACCAGAGCAAGCUAGAGUGGCGGACGAGUCGGCCCACUGCAGCGUGAAUCACCGCAGACUCGCCCUAUCGCUUAUUUUUGCGGUCGUUUCUCUGUGGACGUGCGCAUCCCCUCGGAGACGGAAAGCAGAGGGGAGGGAAGGGACGGGAACCGACUCGGUGUUCGACUCUCUGUCGCAGCCCGAGGCGCGCUGCUAGGCAGAGCAUGCUAAAGAAUGAGCCAAAGGGACACGCUGGUUCAUUUGUUCGCCGGAGGAUGUGGUGGUACUGUAGGCGCCAUUUUGACUUGUCCCCUGGAAGUGGUCAAAACCAGGUUGCAGUCGUCUUCCAUCACACUGUACAUCUCUGAAGUCCAGCUCAGCACCGUUAAUGGAACCAGCGUCGCCCGUGUUUCUCCACCGGGACCCCUGCAUUGUCUCAAGUUGAUCUUGGAGAAAGAAGGUCCUCGCUCGCUGUUCAGAGGACUUGGCCCCAACCUUGUAGGAGUGGCACCUUCCAGGGCAAUCUACUUCGGAGCCUAUUCAACAGCCAAGGAGAAGCUGAAUGGCGUUCUGGAGCCAGACUCGACCCAGGUGCACAUGUUGUCCGCCGGGAUGGCAGGAUUCACCGCCAUCACAGCCACCAACCCGAUCUGGCUGAUCAAGACCCGUCUGCAGCUGGACUCCAGGAACCGAGGAGAGCGGCGCAUGAACGCGUUUGAGUGCAUGCGGCGGGUGUACCAGGUGGACGGCCUCCGAGGUUUCUACAGGGGGAUGUCGGCCUCGUACGCUGGCAUCUCUGAGACUGUGAUCCACUUUGUGAUCUAUGAAAGUAUCAAACGAAAACUGCUCGAGUCCAAAGUCCACAACAGCAUGGACGAAGAGGACGAGACGUCUAAGGAUGCGUCGGACUUUGUGGGCAUGAUGCUCGCAGCGGCCACAUCCAAGACCUGUGCCACCUCCAUCGCCUAUCCCCAUGAAGUGAUACGCACGCGACUACGAGAAGAAGGCAGCAAGUACCGCUCCUUCUUCCAAACUCUUCUGACAGUCCCCAGAGAGGAGGGGUACCGGGCGCUGUACCGCGGCCUGACCACGCACCUCGUCAGACAGAUUCCCAACACUGCUAUCAUGAUGUGCACCUACGAGGUGGUGGUCUACCUGCUCGGCCGUUAGCGAGGCGUGGAUUUCUCCUUUCGGUGACUUAAAAAAAAAAAAAAAAAAACAGAGAAGGAAGCUUUUAGGCUCGGGAUGGUAGGUAUGAACUGUAACAGAGAAGACCAAAGGAAAUCUGAAGAUACUCUGAUGGAGCAGAGAAGUAGGAAAGAGGAAGAUGCACCCUACGGGGAGAACAUCAGCAUCAUCAGGUGGAGAGUAAACGUCUGAGGAGAGGUGCAGAUGGUAGAGAUCUGUUGGAUUUGACUUCAAGCUGAAUUCAGUGGCCUGAAAAGAAAUGAUUAGUUUCUAUCGAUUUAAAAUGAAAAACAGUAAAACAAGAAAAUCUGCAUUUUCACCCUGUUGUAGACAUUCUACAAGGGGAAUGUUUGAAGACAUCUUUCAUUAAUUUAACUUAAUAACCAAGUUAAUAAUUUAACUUAACCAAGGCUUAAUUUAACUCUGUUUCAGUAGUCUGCACUUUUUCAGCUAUUUUUAGGAAAGUCCAAUAAAGCUGAAGUUGACUUUAAGACAAAGGCGCCUGUAUGUUUUAAGGUCACUUCAACCUCUCUAGUUUGCACUAAAGAAAGUUAUGCUUCAAACAUUCUCCUAUAAACACUGCAUCUACAGUUGCAUAUCAGAAAAAAUAAGAACAUCAUCAAAAAGUUGAUUUAUUUAAGUGGGUCAGUAAAAAGUGAUGAUUGCAUAUUGUGUGGAUAUGUUACACACAGAGUGAAGCAACUUUCCAUUAAUAUACUUGCAUACAGCCCUGAGCAGCCACAGUUAGUUAGUAACUCUGUACUGUUGUGGGGAAGACGUCUCAUUUCACAGACAACGGUCACUUUCGCACCACAAAGCUCAUCGUUUAAGAACGUGGCUCUUCAGACGACUAUAUCCAAAAAAAUUAAUGGAAAGUUAAGUGGAAGGAAAACAUGUCUUCGAAAAGGUUCACAAGAGGGAGAGGCAGAGUGUUGAAAAGAUUGUGAAGCAAAUGCCAUUUAAAAAAAAAUAUUGCUCACUUUCUUGACCUCCCUGGUUGGUGUCGACAUUGUUCACUAGAAUCUGACCCUCUGUUUGGAAUUAUGCCUCUGAUCAUCCUGAAAAAUACAAUUUAAAGAUCCUCAAUUGUUCAGCUUGUAGACACCUCUCAGACCUUACUCCUCUUGUGUGGAAACAGGAAGUUGUGUCCCUAAUGAGAUAAGAAGCCUUCCUUCUGGUUGUUACUGCGUCCUAAAAUUACAGAGUAUCUUCUGCCAGAGAGUUUCUACUUGAACCUAAUGUGACAGUUUGGGGAAAAUGUUGGGAGGUCGACGAUGUUGAAAGGUUCCUCAUCUAAAAGCCUGUUUUGCGUGCGAGUACUUGGAUGAUGUAUUUGUGUUCAAGAGUGUGUGCCUGCAUGUCAAUCAAAUAUAUACUCCAGAUUUCCAUCCACUGACUAGCUGUUAAUCUCGCAAUACAGAGCAGUUUGGGGGUGUUGAUAGACUGGGAGCCUAGGUUCCCAGUCAAACCAGUCCUUCCUUCCCAGUGGCUUCCAACUGACCUGAUAACAUGCACUUUUGUGGCCUUUCAAGGCUCGUGCUUUGCUUUCUGUCGUGUGGACGGACGAAACUUGUACAUUGUGAAAGAAAAGAAAACAAAAGUAUUACUGUAUUUUAAAUGGCAUUUUGCGCAACCGUUCUCAUAGCAGAUGUUUGUACAGUUUAGACUUUCCAUUUGUUGUGAAGGAUGUUCAGAUGUUUGUAAAUAAUAACAUAGUGUCUAUGAAUAUCGCUUUUUGUUUCUUCCUCGGUCCCUCUUCCUAUCAUGCUUUUGUUUGCCUUUGCGAAUGAUUGUUUUCAUUUUGUGCAAUCGAAGAUGUUUUGACAUUUGACUGUUGAUGCGCAUAUUAAUGUGGCUUGGCUACUUUUUCCUGUGUUUAUAUGUUGCAGAGAGAUGGCAAAUGCUGCAUAUCCAGUGAAUUUGAAGUGUUAGGCACAGAGCAUUGGCUUGGUUUGUCAUGUUCGUUAAGAACAAAUUUGUUCUAGUUUGCAGAAAAAUUGGCUAUUUUUGUCAGAACGUUUACAUGUUCUUUUACGCUCAGAUUCUGCUGGGUUUAUUUUUUUUUCCCUUUCUUUUUUCUUUCUUUGCAGUUUGUUUUGAAUAUCACAAUUAGGUGGUUUGUAUGGGGCAGUUCUGAAACUCGGUUUCUCCACUGAAAGAAAAUGGAGAGCUUUUGAACGCCCCAUACGAACUCCACGUGUUGCAGUAUCAUUUCAAAGGUAAACAGAUCUUUUGUAACCAGUGUUAGCUUUCCAGUUUGAGUCUGGCAUGCUACCAACCUACAUUUUUUCAUUUUUUUUUUGUCUAAAGAAAAGAAAGAAGACAUGCUUGUUUUAUGUCCAUGUGUUGCCGUAGAACACUACAAGCUUUGAUUAUGUCUCAGCUGUGCUGCCGUAGUACUUGAGGUCACAUUACCUGAAUGGGACAUAAGAAAACAACUGGAGCAAAUCAUGCAAACAUUUCACUUGAUAAUUUAUCGUUGUCUUUGGCAGGUUCCCUUGGAUAGGAUGCAGCCUAAAAAAGGGUUGGACUAUGCUAAGAUUAUUUUUUCCCAGCUCUGUAAUUUGUGUUGUUUUCAUUUUUGUUUUUUUAAACACAAAAGCCAA